AUACAUUGCGCCAAACAAAGAUAUGAGGAUCUUCACAAAGCUCUCUGCACCACUGUGCCUCGUUUUUGAGGCUCUUGCUUUGCUGCAAUUCAAGACUUCCUUCUCCAUCAAUUACACUGUUCCGUAUCUAGGUUAUUGUGGGAAAAAUUAUUCUAAGAUUGAGUCUUGGAAGGAAGGUAUAGACUGCUGCUCCUGGGAUGGGGUUAACUGUGAUAAUGUCACGGGUCAUGUAAUUACCCUUGAUCUCAGCUUCGAUUGCCUUUCUGGCACCUUUCCUUCGAACAACACUCUUUUUCUCCUCAAAAACCUAAAGAGCCUCGAUCUUUCCUUCAAUGAUUUUAGGCUUUCUAAGAUUCCACCAGAAAUCAGUCAGUUUACUAGACUAAAGCAUCUUGAUAUCUCUUAUUCUCGAUUUUCGGGCCAUGUUCCGAGAGAAAUUGCUCACCUCCACAAGUUAGUUUCUCUCGAUCUCUCUCAUGACACUUAUGCUGAUUCUUCUGACUUGAUCCUUGAAACAACUACCUUCAGAAAUCUUGUUCAAAACUUGAGUGAGGUGAGAGAACUUGUGCUUAGUGGAGUGAACAUGGCAUCUGUUAAUCCUCGUUUCUUCAUGAAUCUCUCUUCUUCAUUGACUACUCUUGAUCUUUCCGAGAGUGUGUUAAGAGGAAACUUUCCAAACAGUAUUUUCCGCUUUCCAAAUCUCAAGAAUUUUCAUUUAAGUGGAUCUUUUGGAGAGCGAAACCUCACUAUUGAUCUUCCAAGUUCCAAUUGGAGCGGUCCUCUCCAACAGUUCUAUUUAGGUGAAAUGGAUUGUGGAAGGCGAUUGCCAGAGUCUAUAGGAGAUCUAAAGUCAUUGCAGUAUCUGAGUCUUGGCUGCAACUUGGAAGGUUCCAUUCCAGCUUCCAUAGAGAACUUAUCUCAACUUACUUACCUAAGGCUCUCUUCUAACAAUCUUAGCGGACAAAUCCCAUCAUCACUUGCAAACCUCACCCAACUUACCUCUCUUUACCUUUUCAAUAAUCAGUUUUCUGGUCCCAUUCCAGCUUCUAUAGAUAACUUAUCUCAACUAAGUUACCUAAGCCUCUCUUCUAACAAUUUUAAUGGACAAAUCCUAACAUCACUUGCAAACCUCACCCAGCUUACCUUUCUUGACCUUGACUAUAAUCAGUUUUUUGGUCCCAUUUCAUCAUCACUUGCAAACCUCACCCAACUUAUCUCUCUUGGCCUUUCCUAUAAUCAAUUUUCUGGUCCCAUUCCAUCUUCCAUAGAUAACUUAAGGCAACUUGCUAUCCUAGCCCUCUAUUCUAACAAUCUUAGCGGACAAAUCCCACCACCACUUGCAAACCUCACCCAACUUACCUUUCUUGGCCUUUUCGAUAAUCAGUUUUCUGGCAUGUUGCCACCUUGGAUUUUCACCCUACCUUUGUUAGAGGCCUUGUAUCUCAAUCAUAACCAAUUUCAAGGUCAAAUAAAUCAAUUCCAGCAAAACUCACUCACAUGGCUAGAUUUGUCAAACAAUAAACUCCAGGGCUCAAUUCCUAACUCAAUUGCUAAUUUAGGAAAUCUUAGAGAUCUCGAUUUAUCAUCAAAUCAUUUUAGUGAUUUAUUACAACUUGACAUGUUCUCCGCGCUUCAAAAUCUGGAAACCAUAUUUCUUUCAAACAAUAAUCUGUCCUUGAGAAUGAAUGUCAAUGCCAACUUCACAUUACCCAAACUAACUCGUGUUUCCUUUUCUUCUUGUAACUUGAGUGAAUUCCCCAAUUUCAUAAGACAAUCAAAUGGUCUGCAAAGCCUAGCCAAUUACUUUGAUGGAAAUAUUCCCGAAUGGAUAUGUGAAAAGGAUGAUCUUGAAAUUCUUGACCUUUCUCAUAACAAUUUAAUCGGGAAGAUUCCAAAUUGUCUUCCUAAAUCUCUCUCAGUGUUCAAUUUGCAUGCCAAUUACUUUGAUGGAAAUAUACCAUUUGGGUUUCCAGAGGGCUGUGGAUUACGAAAUCUCAACUUACACGGCAAUCAAAUGGACGGCUUAUUACCAAGGUCUUUGGUGAAUUGUAGCAUGUUAGAGGUUCUAGACGUUGGCAACAACAACAUAGAGGACACAUUCCCUCAUUGGUUGGGAUCUCUACCAGACCUUCAAGUACUUGUCUUAAGGUCCAACAAGUUCCACGGUUCUGUACAGGGCACCAAAGAAAGUCCAUCUUUUCUCAGGUUACGAGUUCUGGACCUCUCCAACAAUGAUUUUGUUGGUCCUUUGCCUAGGUACAUUGAAAAUUUUAAAGCGAUGAUGGACCAUUAUAGAGAUGAGGAUUCUCCUGAAUACAUGAAUGUCAGUUCUUAUCAAUAUUCACUGGUUGUAACAUGGAAGGGAUUCGACUAUGAGCUGCAGGGAAUCUUGACUGUAUUCAGUAGUAUUCAUAUCUCAAAUAACAUGUUUGAGGGAGAAAUUCCAGAUGUUAUUGGAAAGCUUAGUUCUCUCAAAGGGCUUAAUCUUUCUCAUAACAACCUUACUAGUCAUAUCCCACCAUCACUAGGGAAUUUGACGAAUCUGGAAUCGUUGGAUCUCUCUUCCAACAAGCUGGCGGGGAAAAUUCCCAAUGAAUUGGUAUCUUUGACACAACUCUCUGUAUUGAAUCUUUCAAAUAAUCAUCUUGUCGGGCACAUACCACAGGGUAAUCAGUUCAACACCUUUGGAAAUGAUUCUUAUGAAGGAAACCUUGGACUAUGUGGAAUCCCAUUGUCAAAAUCUUGUGAUGGAAUUGGGACACCGCCAAGCUCCUUCCAAGAAAAAGAUGAGUUGGAUAUAACUGUAAUUGUAAAAUUGGGAAGGGCAAGUCCUGUGAUUUCGGCUUCAGUCCCUGUCUACAACAGACAGCACCCAAUGGAGGUAGCAUCACAGACUUAGCUCAAUUUCACCUCUUUGGGUUCCUCUUCUAUUAUGAAUCCUAACUCCUCCGUUCCAUCUGCAGCAAAUCCAUCAAUAUCCCUGUUAUCUUCCCUCAAUGUCUAUUUUUACCUCAUCACCAAGCACGCACAGUUCCAACAAGAACAAGGUGGAAUAGGAUUGGGAAAGGGAAUACAAUUUUAAAUCCCUUUUUUUUUUUUUUAAAGUUUUUAACAUUUUCCUUCGGCUAUAACUAUUGUGGUAUUGUGGGGUUAUGGCACCUGAAUCCACUGUUAUCAAUCGACCCUCCUUCAUUUCCGUCCAAGUGUUCCUCUUUCAUGCAACACAAUCGAAAUUUGAAUUAUCAU